AUGCAGCAUGGGAAGGAUGACACUUGUAGCAUGGCGAAGAAGAUUGAUUUUAUUGAAGCUUCUAAACAGAAGCUCUUAGGUAAUUGUUUGGAAUCAUGUUCAAUAGAGGAACUGCAGCAGACAGAGAACCAAUUGGAGCGAAGCUUAAGCAAAAUUAGGGCUAGAAAGACUCAGUUAUUGAGGGAGCAGAUAGAGAAGCUGAAGGAAGAGGGGAAAAACCUAUUUGAACAAAAUGCUAAGCUACGGGAAAAGUGUGGCAUGCAACCGCUUGGUCCUUCAAGCAAAAUAAAAGAUGGACAGAAUCGUGCGGUAUGCCAGCCCCAGACACCAGAUAUGGAGGAUGUGGAGACUGACUUGGUGAUUGGGCCACCUGAAAGACGAAGUGGCCAAAACCUAUAGAAUCAUCUCAAUACCAGUAUUGGUGAUAAUAAAAUUUUACAGCUUCAAAAACCCGCAAAUGCAGCUGCAAAGCUUCCUGACGGUCGCACAAGAUUUUGGUGUGCACCAGAAAUAAUUGUGAAGCUAAACAGUUCAAUAUAUAAUGUAUAGAUCAUAAUAUUUAAAGCUAAAUGCAGAAUACAAUUAAA